CAAAGAAGCUAGAGCCCCCAUCUGGAGAGACGAAAGCCAGAGCAGAAAGAAGUUCAAACCUACACAAAACCGAGGCCCAAUUCCGGUUCCUAAGCUAGACAGGCCCAGUUCCAGCACCCCGCAGACGCGGCCUAUGCCGCCCUCAUGGACCUCCUUCACAAUUCCGAGGUCGCAAAUUCUCAUGCAGAUUAAGAAUAAGAUGGAGAUGAGGAGACCACACCCCAUACAAAGCCCAGCGGCAAGCAGAGACCACACCAGAUACUGUGACUUUCAUCAAGACCACGGACAGACCACGGAAGAGUGCAAAAGUUUGAAGUCCGAGUUGGAAAGUUUGGCCCGAAAGGGGAUGUUGAAUGAGUACAUCCAGAACAGAAAUUUGCCAAAGUUUGUCAAAGAACAAGGACAAGCCCAGGGGUCUCGAGCACCAAACAACAGGGAUGGGGUAGGGUACCAGCAAGCACCACCACCUCUGCCACACCCAUCUAGAGUCAUUCACAUGAUAACCGGCGGGCCCGAAGCAGGAGGCACAAGCUCCAAACAGCAAAAGCUGUACGUGAGGGAGGUCAAACACCACAAUACAGCUCAGAAAAGGAAAAUCGAUGAGGAGGAUUGGAAAAAUCAAUCUGUGACAUUCACUUCGGCUGACUUCGAGGGGGUUGUCAUGCCCCAUAACGACCCAUUAGUCACCUCGGUCAUCAUCAACAAUUGCGAGAUCCAGCGAGCGCUCAUCGACACCGGUAGUGCUCCAGACAUAAUGUAUUACCAUUGCUUUGAAAGCCUCGGACUCGACCCAGCCCUCCUACAAAAGUACGACGGGCCCAUUUACGGGUUCAACAAUCAACCGGUACCUGUGGAAGGAGUGCUGCGACUCAAUGUGGCGUUCGGCUCUAGACGGACGUACGUAACACCCACAGUCAGAUUUCUAGUAGUGAAGAUGCCUUCGUCUUUCAAUCUCGUCAUCGGGAGGCCGACUUUGACCGAGAUCCGGGCUAUAGUGUCCAGGCCCCACCUCUGCAUGAAAUUCCCUACCCCAAUGGGGAUAGCAACCCUAAGAGGCAACCAAGAGGCGGCCAAGCACUGCUACAUGACCUCCGUCGCGAGGUCACGAAGAAAUAAGGAGGUACUCCCACCACCAGAGGCACCCAAACCAGAGGCCCCGAAUACCCAACAGGUAAUGGGUGUAGAGCUGCCAGAUAACAGACCAGAGGAUGACCCAAGAGCCACCCCGGUCGAAGAGGUCGAAGAGGUGCAACUUGAUGAUAAUGACCCAUCCAAGAAGACUCAGAUAGGCACGAAGCUGACUCCUACAGAAAAAGAAGAACUUGUGAGUUUCUUAAAAGUAAACAAGGAUGUGUUUGCAUGGACUUCGGCUGAUAUGCCUGGAAUCCCAACUUCGGUGGCAGUGCACAAACUCAGCACUAAUCCUUUGAGGAAGCCAGUAGCACAGAAGAGACGGCUUUUCGGGGGAGAAAGACUCACGGCCAUUAAAGAAGAAGUGAAGAAUCUCUUACAAGCAGGGUUUAUCAGGAGAGUAGAUUACUGCGAAUGGAUUGCCAACCCUGUCAUGGUAAAAAAGUCAAACGGGAAGUGGCGCAUGUGCAUUGAUUAUACCAACCUCAACGACGCCUGCCCUAAAGACUGUCAUCCCAUGCCGAGUAUAGACAAGCUGGUAGAGGCCGCCUCAGGGAAUGAGAGGUUAAGCCUCUUGGAUGCUUACUCGGGGUAUCAUCAAGUCCGCAUGGCACCCGACGACGAGGUGAAAACCUCAUUUUAUGCCGGAGAUGAAAUAUACUGCUAUGUGAUGAUGCCGUUUGGGCUCAAGAAUGCAGGGGCAACAUACCAGAAAAUGGUCACAAUCGUGUUCCGGGCUCAAAUUGGCAGGAACCUGGAGGUCUAUGUAGAUGACAUUGUUGUCAAACGUUCUCAAGCAGAAGACCACUUGACCGACCUAGCCGAGACGUUCAACAACCUUAGAAGGUGCAACAUGAAGUUGAAUCCAGCAAAGUGCACCUUCGGCGUUGAAUCAGGCAAGUUUCUGGGUUUCAUGGUUUCCAGAAGGGGGAUAGAGGUCAACCCUGAGAAGAUAAAGGCAAUUGAGGAAAUGAAACCGCCGAGGUCAACCAAGGACGUGCAACGCUUGGCAGGGAGAGUAGCAGCACUGCACAGAUUUAUCUCCAAAUCAGCGGAUAAGUGUUUGCCUUUCUUUAAGGUCUUGAGAACUGCAGCUCAGAAGAAUGAAACGGGAAAACCCCAGAAGUUCAACUGGACGACGGAGUGCCAGGUGGCUUUUGACGAGCUUAAAGCCUACCUCGGUUCGCCUCCUCUGCUGACUAAGGCUCAGGAAGGUGAAAUCCUUUAUCUCUACCUCGGAAUAUCUGAUACUGCUGUCAGUUCUGUCUUGGUCAAGGAAACGGGGAAACAACAGCAACCAGUAUACUAUGCCAGUAAAGUGCUGCAGGGGGCUGAGCAGAGGUACUCGAUAGCAGAGAAGGCAGCCCUAACAGUUGUUGUUACUGCAAGGAAGUUGAGACCAUAUUUCCAAUCCCAUCCUAUUAUUGUGAUGACUGAUCAGCCUUUAAGACAAAUUUUGCAGAAACCAGAAUGCUCCGGGAGGCUCAUCAAAUGGGCAGUAGAGCUGGGAGAGUUUCAGAUAGCAUUCCAGCAGAGGUCGACAAUCCGAGCUCAAGCCUUGGUAGAUUUCGUGGUCGAAUGCACUUCUAAUCAGGUGGAGUCGAAUUCUGAGGCAGAAACAUGGACCCUGUAUGUCGAUGGAUCAUCUAAUAACAAGGGUUCAGGAGCUGGAGCAGUGUUAACUGGGCCUGACGGCUUCCGGAGUGAACACGCUUUGAAGUUCAACUUCCAGGCCACAAACAACGUGGCCGAGUAUGAAGCCCUCCUCCUGGGACUACGUCUGGCGGCCGAGCUCAAAGUCAAACGCCUGCAGAUUUACAGUGACUCACAGCUGGUAGUUAACCAAAUCAAUUCUAUGUGCGAAGUCAUCGAUCCCAUCCUGGCGAGAUAUGUGGUCGCAGUCUCCGAGCUGAAAAACCGUUUUGAAAAAUUCCAACUUACCAAAAUUCCAAGAGCAGAAAAUGAGCAUGCAGAUUCCUUGUCAAAAUUGGCAUCUGAGAACUUUGGGGAAGCAAAGUCUGUGUACAUUGAGAUACUGAAUGAACCAAGCUUUCACACGUCGGGGAUAAUGGAGAUUAGCACUGACCUAGGUGCUCCGAGUUGGACAGACCCCAUCCGGGAGUACCUCCUCAAUGGCACCGUCCCGGGGGACAAACAGGAAGAGAUGAAGUUACGAAGAAAAGCCUCUCGGUAUACCCUGGUUGGCGACAUCCUGUACAAGAGGUCCUACUCGUUACCACUCCUCAGAUGCCUGACACCAUAUGAAGCAGAGUAUGCACUAAGAGAAGUACACGAGGGGGUAUGCGGUAAUCACGUGGGAGCCCGGACUCUGGCACAUAAGGUACUCCGGCAAGGGUACUAUUGGCCUAACAUGCAAGAAGACGCAAAGAAGUUCGUGCAGAGGUGUCAGAAAUGCCAAUUCUUUGCCCAUCUCACCCAUCAGCCAGCUGAAGAACUCACCAGCCUGACUGCACCAUGGCCCUUUGCUCAAUGGGGAAUAGACCUUCUGGGCCCCUUCGUCAAAGCGGUAGGGGGAGCAACGCAUUUGGCGGUCGCUGUUGAUUACUUUACCAAAUGGGUAGAAGCCAGACCUCUCUCUUGUCUAACUUCGAGAAGAAUCGAGGAUUUCCUCUUCACCUCGGUCAUCUGCAGAUAUGGGAUACCAAACCAAAUCAUCGCCGAUAACGGCCCCCAGUUCAAUUCUCGAAAUGAGCGUCUACUAAGGGAAAACCUUGAUUUCCUAGACGAAGUCCGAGAGCAAUCCCGACUUCGGACUCUAGCAUACAAACAAAGGAUAACCAACCUUUACAAUAAGCGAGUCCGACCUCGAAACUUCAGAGUCGGUGACCUCGUCCUCAGAAAAGCUGGGCUCACAGGGUUCGAAACCCGAUAUGGCAAGCUAGCACCAAACUGGGAAGGCCCUUACAUUGUAACCGAGGUCCCGCACCCUAGGGCAUACAUUCUCCAAGACGCCGAGGGCAAAAGGGUGCCUAGAGUUUGGAACGUCAACAACCUUAAAAAAUUCCAUCCUUGAAAGUCCCUUUCUUCAUUUUGAGUUAGGAGUCUUUGUAAAUAACAUUCCAAUACAAUUGAAGACGACGU